AUGGGGAAACGCAGCAAACAAACGGAAGAUGGCGUUGAAGGCGCAAGUAAGAAAUCUUCAAAGAUUCACACCAAAAAGUCUGUUCUGAGCGACGAGACUGCUGUUGAUCCGUCACUGGCUCUACUGUUUGCUUCAAGUUCUGGUCCCGUUCAAGCCCCUCCAAAAUCGCGAUACCAGGAACCACCACCCACAAGAAAACGAGUCCCCUCCGAGUCCGAAGAUGAGGAAGAAGAUGAGUCUGAGGAUGGUGGGGAAGCAGACGGGCAUAACGGUGACUUGAGUAGUAUUGAUGAGGACCUAGAAGAUGCGAAUAUUUCGGGAUUGUCCGAAGACGAGGAGGAAGCCGUUGAGGAAGAACCCAAACUGGAUAAGAUUAUUGAAGCCGUUACUCAAAAGCCAGAGAAGAAACGGAAAAGAGCGAGACAAGAAGAAGACUUGGAGGGCAAGUACAUGGCAAAAUUAGCUAGGGAAGAAGAAAAGGAGGAGGAAGAGCGACAAGCAGAGAGAAGGUUAAAACGCCAAAAAAUCGUGGCCAAGAAGGACGCAUCCGAGGAUGAAGAUGAGGAUAUGGAAGACGCUUCAGAUGCCCAGAGCGCGGACGAAGCUGCUUCUGACGAUGACGAUACCUCUGAAGACGAUGCGAACGCUUCUGGGCGAGCGCCACCACCCGAUGUUCCCGUCCACGAAUCUUUAGCACCAAGUAAAGAGUCUUCCGAAUUGGAAAAGGCGACCAGAACUGUCUUCCUCGCCAAUGUUUCUACCGAAGCUAUCUCGUCAAAGUCUGCGAAGAAAACAUUGAUGGCGCAUAUGGGGUCUUUCCUGGACUCUUUACCAGACCCACCCGAAGGAAAGCCUGCACAUAAAGUCGAGUCAUUAAGAUUCAGAUCAACGGCCUAUGCAGGAGGUGGUGGACUACCCAAAAAGGCUGCGUUCGUCAAGAAGGAUCUCAUGGGUGCGACGACUAAAAGCACAAAUGCUUAUGUUGUAUAUUCCACAGCAUACGCUGCUAGAGAAGCGGUAAAGCGGCUUAAUGGGACCAUGGUACUUGACCGACAUCUAAGAGUGGACGGUGUAGCACAUCCUGCGAAAACAGAUCAUCGACGUUGUGUAUUUGUUGGUAAUUUAGGCUUUGUUGACGAUGAGAGUCUGCUGGAUCAGGGUGGUGAGACUGAGCGAAAGCGAUCAAAGAUUCCAUCAGAUAUUGAAGAAGGACUCUGGCGACAAUUCGGGAAAGCUGGAACUGUAGAAAGUGUACGAGUUGUUCGAGAUGAAAAGACUAGAGUUGGAAAGGGAUUUGCGUAUGUUCAAUUUGAGGAUGCCAAUGCAGUAGAAGCUGCUCUGCUAUUUAACGAAAAGAAAUACCCACCUAUGCUACCCAGAGUUCUCCGUGUUGUGCGCGCCAAAGCAGUUCGCAAGACCGCUCUCGCCUCGCAACAAUUCCAAAACAAAAACUCAAAAAGGCCUUCAUCAAAACCUCAAAUUUACAACCCUAAAACUCCUGCCGAAGAAGCAUCUUUGCAUGGUCGUGCGGGAAAGCUAUUAGGAAGAGCGGGUGCGGCGCAGCUUAAGAAAGGGAAACUCACUGGUGCAAAUGACAUGGUCAUGGGUAAACGUGGUGAUGGCGCAAAGUCGAUUGAAGGUAUCGCGAAAACGCCAGAAGCAAUUGUUUUUGAGGGAUAUAGGGCUAGUGCUAAGAACGGAAGGCCAAAAGAUCUGAAAAUGGGCGGCAAAGGAAAGGGAAAGAAGAAACCUACUGGCAGAGCCGCGAAGCGAACGAGUGCGUGGAAAAGUGGUGGUAGCAAAAAGGGAGGGAAGGAUAGUUAA